AAGACGAAGAAGAAGAAAAAAAACACGUGUUGUUUUUGUCCCGCGCAUGAUUGCAACCAAGCGAAGCGAGUGUUAACCAUGCCUUACUGCUCAGACUUUUCGUAGAUGUAACGCAUUAGAAACUCUUGAAUUGUCGCGCUUGUUGUAACUGGGCAGUGUUGUGGAGUCUGUUGAUGUGAUUCAGUGGGUUUGUCCGUCUGUAUCAGAUCCAUCCAACUUUACAGAAUGUGUUCUGAUCAUUAACGGUGUGAAAGCGACAUCAGCUUACAGUUUAACAGGUUAAGGAAUGCCAGUCAUUCUUUCUGCAGGUGUGACAUGGAGAAUCCUGAGGCACCCAGAUUAAAUGUUGAAACGGUGAACGAGAUGCAUAACGAAGCAGAAGUCAAACCAAAUUAUGUGGCAAAGCUGCUUCAGGACCACAGCGAGUACACCUGCAGCGUUUGCGGCGUUAGCACCUUCUCGCUCGCUCGGAUGAACAAACACAUGCAGUCCCACGACCGCGAUCGCCCGUUUCCCUGCGAGCUCUGCGGCAAGCGCUUCGGCUGUCGCAGCCAUCACACAGAGCACCAGCGCGUUCAUACGGGCGCUCGGCCGUAUACCUGUGACCGCUGUGAAUGGGCCUUUACCACCCGCCACAACCUGAAACGCCACCAGCUCGUCCACGAUAAGGAGGAGACAUACAGCUGCAAUGUGUGUGGCCUUCUCUUCUGCCAGGAGCAUCAAAUGAGGAGCAUCAUGAGGGUCCAUCAUGAGCAACGCGGGUCUCAAAUCCAUCCAAAACUCAAGAAUAAAACCAAUCAGAACAUGGACCAGAAGAAGAAAAUACACAAAAGCCUCAAGAAACUUGGCAGAGAUGCUUUCGAAAGGCUGAACACCAGAAUCCAGAGGAUUGCUUAUGACAUUGAGGUUGUGUUGUGAAGAAUAUCGACUACAUUAGUGCUAGUCAUCAUACUUUAGGCUUUUUUUGUGGCCAGUGUGAUUGCAACAAUCGCAAACAUGUCUUUUCGUCGUGUUGAUAAGGAGCAGGGCUGUUGGUUUUCCCAUAUAUAAUCUGCAACAUCAUAGAGCUUCUGCUCUAACAUUAUGUCGCGACCAGAGUCGUAAUGCAAGUGAUGUAGUUUUGAUAUGUCGCUGCUCUCGUGUUCGGUAUAAACACAUUGCUGUAGAUUGUUUACAGUUCUAGGUGACAUUUUCUGUAUUAAUGUAUUAUUCAGUUGCGGUUUGGCCACAGGUGUUUGUAUUUCAACUAAUUUACUAAAUCUCAUGACAGUGUGCAUCUACACAUUCGUUAAGAAUAAUCAGUUCUUCUGGUUCGCAUUAACAGAAAACUGUUAAAAGCUGGAAUUCUAGCUAUAGCCGCUAUAGUAUAGCGAUGCAGAUCAAAGACAAUGAGGAGCAUUACUAUAUAAUGUCUUAAGUGAUUUUCUAAAGACGCUGGAAUGGACAGCAGUAUCCAUCAGAAAUGUACGUCUUUGAUAUUUCUAUAAUGUGCUCUAAAGCAGUGCAUUUAUAUAAUGCUCUUCACUUUAGACUUUUACAUUAAGUAGUUUUCUUAGCUUAAAAAGUUACGCUUUUAUUAUUUAAAAUGUUUUUAUUUCUGCUUCUCAAGGCCUGUUUUUGUUGUGCCUGUAUAAAGCACUUGAAUAUGACAUGUUUGAUGUAAAUAAAUGUUUUUUUUUCGUGGUAUUAC